AUGGCGCCCCAAGUCAAGGAGCGAAACCCUUUGGAGCUCCCUUCGGGCAUCAACAAGCGAUGCGACUUACCGCCCGAGGCGUACUGGCACGCGGAUAAAGUCAACACUCCGCAUGCUUCCCGCCGCGGCUACAACAAUUCCGGCGUAAACAUCCGUGUCGGUGUGAACCAGUUCCGCAUUGAGGGCAUCAGCGGCAAUGACGUUUAUCAGUACGAUAUCGGCAUCACUCCCGAGCCGGAUGGCGCCAUCGUCUACAAGAAGGCCUGGAACACCAAGGCUUUUCAGGGCAAGUUGGCUGGGUACAAGCUCCCUUGGCUCUAUGACAAUCGGAAGCUUGCUUGGUCGAGCACCAACGUUCCGAGUUUCUCACUCGAAGUUGACUUGGGCGCGGAUGAGGGCCGUCCGGGUCGCAAGAGGAACCAGUUCACCGUCGAGGUGAAGCAGACAUGCAAGGUCCGUCUGGAAGCCCUGAAGGGUUACUUGACCGGGAAAGUUGGCUGGGACAAUACAGUCCUGGAGUGCAUGAGCUUCCUCGAUCACGUCCUGCGCCAGGGCCCCUCGGAGCGCAUGCGUUUGAUCAAGCGCACGCUUUUCAAUCAAUACUCGGAGACGAGGCAGCUCAACUCGGUCACUGAGGCCAUCAAGGGCAUUUACUCCGCCAUUCGCCUGAAUGACUCGUUCAAUACCGGCGGUAUGGGACUUGGUGUCAAUGUCGACGUCUCCAACCAAACCUUCUGGGUCGGUCAGAAGUUUGAGCAGUUGGCGCGUAACUUCUUGAGCUGCAUGGACCGAAAAUGGGACAACCUUGACUAUGAGGGCUUACGAAAGGCCCUCUUGCCCGUGAAAGUCGGGGGAGGGAAUGGUGGCACGCCGACUUGGGGUAUGUCGGAAGCCUUCAAAGCUCUCCGUCGCCUGCAAAACAUCCGCUUUGAAGUGAAACAUCGCGGUGACUACAAGGGAACCAAGGAGCACAAAGUCAAGGGCAUCGCCUUCGGCGUGAAGUAUGGUGAGCUGGGCGCCAAUGCGAGGGCGGUCACGUUCGAGAAGAAGAUGCCGGACGGCACCAGCAAGACAUACAACAUUGCCGAAUACUAUCUGCAGCAGUACAAGACCAGGAUCCAGCAUUGGUACUUGCCGCUGAUCGAGUCGACAAAUGCCGGCCUCUUUCCCAUGGAAGUCUGCGAGGUUCACCGGUUCAACCCGUACCCCUUCAAGCUGGAUCCCAACCAGACCUCGGAGAUGAUCAAGUUCGCCGUCCAGCGUCCUCCACAGCGCAAGGCCGAGGUCUUGAAGAUGGUGCAGAACCUCGAGUGGGGCAAAGACCGUUACCUCGCUCACUUUGGCAUCAAGAUCAACCCAGCCAUGCCCAUGAUUCCGGCCAAGCUCCUCCCCAACCCCACCAUCCAAUACGCCGGCCGAGUCGUCGAUCCCAAGAUGACGGGCCGCUGGGAUCUUCGUGGCAUCAAAUUUGUCGCUCCCAACCGGAACCCGCUGGUAUCCUGGGCUUUCGUCGUGGUCGACCAGUGUGUCGACAGGGCGUCUGCCGAGAACUUUGCCAAAGUUUUCAAGACGACGUACGCGGGCCACGGCGGCAAGAUUGUGAACGACCCGAAAAUCUAUGCGCCCCCGAGGGGCGUACCGGUGGACAAGGUCGUCGAGGGGUGCUACAACAAGUGCGGGCAGGAAAACAAGAGCAUGCCCCAGAUCAUUUUCUACAUCCUCAGGGACAAGUCGGCGUUUACCUACGACCGAUUCAAGCAGGCCAACGACUGCGGGGUGGCAUGCUUGUCGCAGAUGCUGCAGGCCCAACACGUUCGGAAGGCUCAGGGUCAAUACUGCUCAAACGUCUGCAUGAAGGUAAACUCCAAGCUGGGUGGACAGACGUCAAGGAUUGCCGCCAAGGGCAAUGGCGUCGCCUUCUUCGACAAGUCGCCGACGAUGAUGAUUGGCGUCGAUGUCUCGCACGGCAGCACUGCUUCCGGCUCUGCCUCUACGGCGGCGAUGUGCGUAUCCAUGGAUCCGCAAGCCGCCAUCUACGAUGCUGCUGUGCAGACCAACGGCUGGGGUGUUGAGAUCCUGCAGCCGGCCAACAUGCACUCGAUGCUCGGGCCGUUGGUCGCAAAGUGGCGGAAGCUGUCUGGCCGGGCUCCGCAGCACGUCUUCUACCUGCGUGAUGGCGUAUCGGAGGGCCAAUUUGGGCAUGUCAUGGAGUUCGAGGUCGAGGAGAUGAAGAAGGUCUUCAAGGAUCAGGUUGGCGUUGUGCCCAAGAUCACCGUCAUCGUCGCCACCAAGCGUCACCACAUCCGCUUCUUCCCUGAGCGGGGCGACAGGAACGGUAACUGUUUGCCCGGCACGCUUGUGGAGCGGGAGGUUACCCACCCCUUCCACUACGACUUCUACCUCUGCUCCCACGUGGCCAUUCAGGGCACGGCGCGGCCGGUGCACUACAACGUGAUCCACGACGAGUGCGCCCUGCAGCCUGAUGAGCUUCAGCGCAUCCUGUAUCAUCAGUGCUACCAGUACUGCCGCUCGACCACACCGGUCUCUCUGCACCCGGCGGUCUACUAUGCGCACUUGGCUGGCGCACGCGCGCGGCAUCACGAGAACUUGGCAAGCAACGCGGCACCGGCUCCCGUUGAUGCCAAGCACCUGGUGUUGAAGCGCCCAGGCCCGAUGUCCAAGGGUGAUGGCAAGACGGCUACUUCGCGCACUUCGGAUGGCCCGCCUCCUCCCCCGCUGCUUCGGGUUGGAUCUGGCGGGGGCCGCCCGGAAGCCAUUAAUAACUUCAUCAACACCAUGUGGUGGGUUUGAGAGGCCCAAUGACGCGGCAAGCCUGGGUGCGGCUUCGCGGUCGAGCUUGGGGGUCAAGGCAGGGCAGCGGUGGUUUCACGGUCGUCUGACAUACUGCAGUCGGCUAUUGUUGUGUUCGACGUUCAUGUAUUUACAUCUUGGCGGUGGCGGUUUCCAGGCCCUGGGAGGAGAUUGAGCGGCGUGGCAGCGCCUUCUCCAGCGCCCAGAGUACCUAACCACAUAAGUCCAGAGAAGGGG